CCCUCAAAACCCGCCGCCACCCCCCGCCGGAAUUCUGGCUGUCGGUCUUGGCAUCGUCAUUCUUUUGCUCUGGGCCUCACUCCUUAGUCUCGUUUUUUUCUUCACUGUUCUGUUCAUAGUCGUUCACUAUCGUUCGUUCGUUAAUCGUCUCGGCGGAGAUCAUCUCACAUUCCCCACAUUCGUUUCGGCCAUGAGGCACUGGUGUGUGACAGCGCUCGCCGCGCUGCUCCCGGCGCUGGUCAGCUCCGUUCAGAUCACGGACUCGCUGCGAGAUGCCGAUACUGCUCAGUCUGGCUACCUGCCAUGCCAUAACGUGGACCCCGCCAGGGUCAGCAGCUACACGCGAAUCUGGCAGACGGUGUUUCAGACAAACGAGUAUUUCUUGGCCAAGCCUCUGACCUGGACACCACCUGGCUCCUCAGAUGAGGUCGUCAUCGUCGUGUCCAACUUCAAUACCGUGCGCGUGCUCAAUAGCGCUACCGGAGUCGUCCAAGCGCAACGCACAGUCAUGGCCCCGUUCAUGGCCUACGACUCCAACUGUGGAGACAUACUAUACUCGAUCGGUAUCACGGGAACCCCUUAUAUUGAUCCUGUCACGGACAUCAUGUACUUCUUUGCUAAAGGUUACAAGGACGGAACGGGUCCCGGCGAUCCCAACAAUCCCGGGUCUGGCGCCAUCAACGGCAUCUAUAAAAUGUACGCCGUUCGGUUGCCUAGCCUGGCCGACGUGCAAGCCUUCCCCGUUGUCAUCGACGGCAAGUAUGCCGACAACGAUCACGCUCGCUACUUUGUUGGGGGCACUGUGCUGCAGCGGCCCUCGCUUUUGUCUGUUGGCAACAACAUCGUCGCCGGUUUCGGCGGCCAUUGUGACAAUUUCAACUACACUGGAAUGCUUGUGACCGUUUCCAAAACGUCGGGCGUCGGUGUUACGGCCGUGCAGGCCAUGGUCGCCGCUCCUGGAGCGCCAAGCCCACAGCCACUCGAUAUUCAGGUACAACAAGGCGGCAAGGCUGGUAUCUGGAUGUCAGGAUCGGGUAUAGCCUCCGAUGGCGGCAACCGUAUCUUUUUCUCAACUGGAAACGGCCGCGGUUCCGGAGAGAACAGCGGGACGACUCCAAAGAGCGGCAAGACCUACCUGAGCACGCUGGAGCAAGCUGCGGUUGCCUUCAAUGUCGAUCCCGCCUCGGGUGGCUUGGUGCAAUCGGAUUGGUUCGAGACUGCUACCUUUGAUACCUACAACGGAGGUGAUCGUGAUAUUGGCUCGUCGGCUAUAGCCCUUCUGGAUCCUACUACCUUCAACGGGGCAGGCGUGGCACGCAUAGCCGUAAUGGGCAGCAAGGCAGGUAUUGUUUACAUAAUGAACGCAGACAAUCUCGGCGGGUUCCGAAUGGGAGCCGGAGGUUCCGACGCAAUCCUACAGACUUUCACUCUGUCGGGCUCAUUUUUUGGCGGUAUAGCUAGUUACCCCUUGGAGGGAGGCUACCUAUAGUAUGUUGAGGUCUUGUGGCAACGGGCGGACCCAUUUACGCCUACUCAUUCAGCAGAGAUGGGAGCGGGAAGCCAGUCUUCACCCUCGCCGGCCAGACUG